AUGAAGGUACUGGAAAUUCGUUCGUUGCAAGACUUAUCUGAAAUCAAUUUUUAUGCCUAUCAUGAGGAAGUGCGCUUCUUCCUAUCUGUCAUGGCACGAUACUCCCCUUUUCAUACGUUUUUCACGCAUUGGUGUCAUUCGUGUAAUGAACUUUUUCCCCCCACCAACGCCACUCUCCUCCAAUGGCUAUUUUCAUCUCAUUUUCAUAUGCCUAUGAGCACAACCAGCAGUUCACACUUGCGACACAUGCACAUGUCACACUGGCCGUCUAUUGAACCACCACCAUCGGCCCUCGAAUCCCAAUUUUCCCACUCACAUCUCACCCUUUUCCGCCCUCUCCUCCCGGCCACUCUUUGUCCGCAAGCCGGCAAGUACGACAGAGCGGCAGCCACGAUAGGCAGCCGGCUUUCGGGAGGCCAGAGCUUGAGGCGAACGCGAGAGAUGGACACUUUUUGCUCAGUCACUGAGUUGCCCAAAUUGUGGCCAGCUCAGCAGGGCUUAGAUAAUCCAAUGAGUGUUUUCCCUGUCCGAAUUGGCCGAAUUUACAUAGGGCCAGGCUUCAGGCAGCCAGCCAGCCACACUCGUAUCAUCCUCAAACACUUUGUUUCCUGUUCAAAUGAAUUUUUUUCUGAGACAUUUCCCACCAUCUGGCAGCAGCCCUGGGGGACAAAGAGAAGCCUACUUGACAAGACGUGUUCGUCCGAGCAACUGCAACCUCGUGCCAACACUGGUCGCGGCAAUGCUGCUCUAUUCUGGUCGUUUUUCGCCUCCUCCGGCCAGGUCUCCACAUCUCCAGGUUGA